AUGUUUGGAUUACGCCACACCCUAUAUGACCGCGCUUUGGAAAUUCUGACAGAUAUUAUAAAUGAAGUGAAACCAGGACAAACUAUAGACCGUAAAACAGGACAAUGGAUUUAUGCUUUCCUUGCUUGCACACGACAACCACUGUUGUCUGACACAACAAGUAUUUUAAGAAACUUGGCUAGAAAAUGUGCGGAAAUCAGGUCGCACUUAAAUCCUGAAGAGGAAAAAUCAAGGGAAGCUGCAGCACCAUUAAAUGUCUUUAUAUGUUUGGUAUCGAGAUAUUUUAGGCAAUAUGACUUAGCAGAU